AUGUGUGCGGCCAAGAAUACCGGUAUAUUUUCAGAAGAAUGGAUCGAAAAGUGGAAACCCUACAAACGAGUUGGCGAACCUUUACCGGGGACAAGAAUGAUCGUCUUUAAGACCCCGGUGGAAAAAAGCUUACUGGGAAACCUACUCCCAAAAGAAGACCUUUUUGGAAUUGACGACCUGUUCAACGAAGUGGAGAGUCGUGGCUAUACACUGGGAACCAUUAUCGAUCUCACAUAUAAGACCAAUCUUUACUAUGACUACAAAGAUGUGAUUGGCCGUGGCGUAGAAUACGUGAAGAUCCCUAUAUCCGGACAACAAUCGGGAGCAGGUCAGUGCAGCCCGCCCGGGGAUGAGUUAGUCGACAAGUUCUUCUUGGCCGUCGACCGUUUUAUCGAUCAAAACGUGGAGAAUGAAAAGUUGAUCGGUGUCCAUUGUACCCAAGGUAUCAACCGUAGCGGGUACAUGGUAUGUAGAUACAUGAUAGACCGCAUGGGAAUGGAUCCAGGUGAUGUCAUUGAAGCUUUUACCAAAGCACGCGGGCAUCGCAUCGAAGCCGAACUUUAUCUAGAAGAUCUGAAUCCAGUAUAA